UAAUGGUUUGCUCCAGUCUUUUCUGACCAAUCAGCCGCUUUGUUGUUCUUCCUCGGACAUACUUGACAGCAGGUACUUCCCUGCACUUUGGCACCGAUGGUGGUCAAUGAUUCUCCCCUGAGAUCUCAGUUCUUGAUUCACUGUGAGGUCCGCCAUGGAGCAGGAGAACCUUUCUCUGGUGCUGCACUCUCAGGGAGAUCUCCGCCUGGAGCAUCGCCCGAUCCGGGACCCUGGACCAAAUGAGGUGUUGCUUCAGAUGCACUCUGUGGGCAUCUGUGGCUCAGACGUGCAUUACUGGCAGCACGGCCGCAUCGGAGACUUCGUGGUCAGAAAGCCUCUGGUGUUGGGCCAUGAGGCGGCAGGCAGGGUGGUGAAGUUGGGCUCAUCUGUCACGCACCUGAAAGUGGGUGACAGAGUGGCGAUAGAGCCGGGUGUUCCCCGAGACCUGGAUGAGCAUUGCAAGAACGGUCGCUACAAUCUUUCCCCCAGCAUUUUCUUCUGCGCCACUCCACCUGAUGAUGGGAACCUGUGCAGAUUCUACACGCACAGUGCCAACUUCUGUUACAAGCUUCCUGACAACGUGACGUUCGAGGAGGGGGCUCUGAUCGAGCCUCUCUCUGUGGGCAUCCACGCCUGCCGCCGGGCUGGAGUCACCCUCGGCAGCACCGUGCUCAUCUGCGGUGCAGGUCCCAUUGGGUUGGUGAGUCUGCUCGUGGCCAAAGCAAUGGGAGCAGCAAAGGUUGUCAUCACUGAUUUGUUCCCAGAACGUUUGGCAGUGGCAAAAGAGUUGGGCGCUGACUUCCUGCUGGAGGUGAGACGAGAAGAUGCUCCUCAACAGCUGGCCAAGAGAGUGGAGGAGCUGCUGGGGGCUCCGCCAAACAUCACCAUUGAGUGCAGCGGAGCUGAGAGCUGCAUCCAAACAGCUAUCUAUGCGACCCGUUCAGGAGGAGUGGUGGUCUUAGUGGGUCUGGGCUCAGAGAUGGCUACGGUUCCCCUGAUCAACGCUGCAGUCAGAGAAGUGGACAUCAGAGGAGUGUUCCGCUACUGCAACACCUGGCCAAUGGCGAUCUCCAUGUUGUCGUCAGGGAAAGUCAACGUCAAGCCGCUGGUGACUCACCGAUUCCCCCUGGAGCAGGCGGCUCAGGCCUUCGAGACCACUCGCCAGGGCAUGGGGAUCAAAGUCAUGUUGAAGUGCGACCAGAGUGAUCAGAACCCCUGAGUCUGAUGGGGCGACAACAAGCCUUUGGUGACACUUCAUUGUUUUCGUAGUUGUACAGUAUUGGACUUUUUAAAAGGCUUUUUACUGUAAGCUGAAGAUGCAAGUUAAACAAAUGAAUCCGCUUCCUUCUUGGAAUCUGCAACACACCUCACGGUCCUGUAGAGGGCGCUAGUGACUCAAUCAAGGACGGCAUCAGAUCGAACAGUUCAAACAACACAAUAAAAACAAAGGUGCGUCCGUCUUUGUAAACCCAGAUCACAUCGCACAAAACACUUUUAAUGACCCUGUCAUUGAUGAUUUGGUGCUCAGUCCUCUUCUCCUUGUGUCCACUCAUCGUACAACACGUUCCUGUCUCGUCUCUUAAACCGUCUGGGUCAGGUCUCCCUGUAACUCGAGCUCCAAAAACUCCACGGUCCCUCUGACGUGUCCGUCCACGUCACUCCCGAUGGAAACCUGAGCGUCUUCACUCUGCUUCUCCGCUCUCAUUAUUGUUCCGUACAGCUUCCCGUUCACUUCUUCAGUGUCUCUCACACAGACAGUUCAGGCUACAGUGGACUAUGCUGCGCGGUCAGUAGAACUCCCUGCAGUCACAGCGUGAGAUGAGCAGAUGUCUCCUUCCACACAGCCGUCAGCCAACAGACAAGUGGGCAGAUGUUCCCGGAGGUUGGACGACCUCUUAACAGGAACACACGGUGCAAAUGAUGUACAGUGCAUGCAUUCUGAUAUGGCUUGGUGGUGAUGCAUCUCCACACCUCGCAGUUACAUUUUUCCAUUUUUACACUUCUACAUACACAGUAUAAGUAGCUUCUCAUUGCUAUCAGAAGAUUGCUCUUCAAAUGUGGAGAGAUGUAUGGUGACCAGUGUUCAGCUGUGAUACUGGCCAUGAAACCCAUUCAACACCAC